AUGUCUUCAACGUUCAAGAUCUCCGUUCCAGAAGAUUCUAUCUCUUCCCUCAAACAAAAACUCGAGUUAACUCGAUUACCUGACGAACUCGACGAAGCAAGAUGGGAUUAUGGUGUACCGCUGUCGGAUAUCCGACGAUUGGUCGCUAGAUGGAAGGAUGGGUACGAUUGGAAGAGACUUCUGCACUGCUUUUCACCAGCGUUCUCUAAGUUUUUGAAUACAGGUAGAUUUGAGCUGGGAUUUCCUCAGAUGUAUGAUGGCGCGGUCAUUGUAGAGCGCUCAAUUGCACUCGGUCAACCGGCCAUUUAUGUUUCAAUGAAUUACCAGGUUACGAAGAGGAUGAGAAGACGAAAGAGGUAA